AUGUCGGUAGACGUUCGUUUACCCACACUCUCAUUGCCGGUAUUGAGUGGUGAUCGAAAACAGUGGAAUUCUUUCAAAGAUUUGUACCUCAGUUGUAUUCAUGAAAAAAGACUCAAAGACUCAGUGAAAUUACAGUAUUUGCUUUCCCAUUUGGACGGAGAUGCUAAAAAAUUGGUUAGUGCCUUUGCAAUCACGGAUGCAAACUACAUACAGGUGUGGCGCAAAUUAAACGAGUAUUACGACAAGAAAAAGUACACCGUCGCGGCUUUAGUGAAAGAGUUUAUUGAACAGUCACCGGUAACCAUUCCGUCGCUAGUCGCGCUUCGAAAGCUCGUUACAACGUCGGAUGAAGUAAUAAGACAAUUCAAAGCUCUUGGUGAAGCGUACGAAAAUCGCGAUCCGUGGUUGAUAACCUGCUUUUGGACAAGCUUUACCGUGAAACGCGUACACAGUGGGCUCAAAAGCUUGUCGAAAUUGAAAAUCCUAGCUUUUCUGAGUUCCUCACUUUUCUUGAGCGAAGAUGUGAUGCAUUAG